ACAGAACGAAGCAUCAACUGUGGUAAAUCAUUUGUUUUGGUUCGAGCCGUGAAACUGUUGUGUCAUAAAUCAGAAAUAAAUAAGCUUUAUACGAAUGAUGUUCAUCUCAAGCAAUGUGACUUCCCAGAUCUGUUUAAGAUGCCCUCGCUUAGCCAAAGCAACAACCCGAUACUGCUCAAGUCAACUGUGGUCCGAUGCUACUCCAUUGCGUCGGUGGGUGGUUGUUGAGGGGAAUACGCAACAAUCGCCGGCGGCAUGUGGAGCUGCGAAGGGUGGCACUUGGAAACCGAUUGUCUGGCCUCUGUUGUGUUGUUCACAGCAACGAUCGUACGCGGGGAUCUUUGGAACACGUCGCCAGUUGCAUAUCAGCAUCAGCAGCAGUAGCAGUAGUGCUAGUUCCAUCGGAUCGACUACACAAUCAGUUUCACCGGUUUCAGCGUCAGCCAAGAAGCGAAAAAUGGUCGUAAAACUAACUGAGGACCAGCGCAAGGAACAGCUGCAGCCUCUGCUCGAUGCCGGCUGGACCAUGGUCACAGGGCGUGACGCCAUCUACAAGGAGUAUCUGUUCAAGAACUUCAACGAAGCGUUCGGCUUCAUGACUCGCGUGGCUUUGCUGGCCGACAAGAUGGACCAUCAUCCGGAGUGGUUCAACGUGUACAACAAGGUGCAGGUCACUCUGGCCACCCACGAUUGCAGUGGCUUGAGCGAACGAGACGUUAAACUGGCCAAGUUCCUGGAAGAAAUUGCCAGCAAGUACUGAGAGGAAUGGAGAGUAAUACUCAACGCAUGUAAAUUGUUGUUGUAGUUGUAUUUUAACCUUAAGAUGUUAAUCAGUCAAUAUGAAUAAAAUAUGUCAUCUCACACUAAA